CACCUCUUCUUUUCGACAGUCACACACAUGAUGGGAAGACUUUGGACUUUGGAAACAAGUGUGUUUUCAGACGGUUUCUUGGGCUUCAGAACAGUUUGCGGACUAUCACAAUAAGCCAUGUGGGUUGUUUUUCUGGUGUUACUGCUCCCCAUUUCCAGGGGCUCUCUGUCUCAGGACAAACUUAAUAUGUGUAUGGAUGCCAAACACCACAAAGUAAAGCCUGGCCCAGAGGGAAAACUUUACCUUCAGUGUGUCCCGUGGGGUGAAAAUGCAUGUUGUACAGCAAAUACCUCUGUUGAAGCUCAUGACGACAACUCCUAUCUAUACAACUUCAACUGGAACCACUGUGGCGCAAUGAGUCCCAAGUGCAAGAGGCACUUCGUCCAAGACACUUGCUUCUAUGAAUGCUCACCACACCUGGGGCCCUGGAUACAAGCGGUAGAUCAGUCCUGGCGCAAAGAGCGAAUCUUGAAUGUACCUCUGUGUAUGGAGGACUGCCAUGACUGGUGGGAGGACUGCAAAAAUGAAAUGACAUGUAAGACUAACUGGCACAAAGGAUGGGACUGGAGUUCAGGUAUUAACAAUUGCCCAGAAGGCAGCAAGUGCAGAAAGUGGACUGAUGUGUACCCAACGCCCAAAUCCAUGUGUGAAGAAAUCUGGUCUAAAUCCUAUCUUUAUACUACACACUCCAAAACAUCAGGGCGGUGCAUGCAGCUCUGGUUCACUGGGCCAAACCCCAACACGAAGGUAGCUGAGUAUUACAUUAACAAUGCUCGGCAACACCGUAGUUUUUCAGUCACGUUGCUGCUCUUCCUGGCUACAUCGUCUCUUUCUGCACUGACCUAAACAGAGUACUUUUUUCUUGCCCGCACCUCUUGGUUCUGGACAGAUCAAUAAAGUUGAUUCCAAAUCUA